GCCGCUACUACGCGCAGUGCUGAAGCUGCUGUCCUGGAAAGAGCAACCUAUCAAGAGCAGGAAGCGGCAGAUCAACAACGGAAGCGACAGCGUUUUGCGACAAAUUUACUCCCACUUUGAGUGGAAAGGUGUCGAGGAACAUGCGUUCAACGCACAGGUGAAAAAAUCACCUGAUUUAACUUCUUCGCUGCUCCAACUUUUCGGCCCUGCCUUGCGCAGAUUCCGGUUAGAUUUGCUUUUUGUUUGUUUGGUUCUGUUGAGAAUAGUUUUUUUUUUUUUUUUAAAGAAACAAACAAACUAUAAAAUCUUGAGGCAUGUCUCGCAAGAAGGCAGUCAAAGGCAAAGCAGCGACCAGCAGCCCGUCCGCGGGCAGCCCCGCCGGGAAAGGGACCGGGAAAUCUGCGAGAGGAAGCCCGGGCAUCGUUCAGAUGAAUGGUGUAGUUCAUCCCAGCAGACCGUCCAUCAGCAACAGCAGCGAGUUUUAUGACAUCGCUUUCAAGGUGAUGCUGGUUGGAGACUCUGGUGUGGGGAAAACCUGUCUUCUGGUCCGAUUCAAAGACGGAGCUUUCCUGGCCGGCAGCUUCAUCUCCACUGUGGGCAUCGACUUUAGGAAUAAAGUCCUGAACAUUGAUGGAGUCAAGGUGAAGCUCCAGAUCUGGGACACAGCUGGACAGGAGCGGUUCCGCAGUGUCACUCAUGCCUACUACCGUGAUGCCCACGCUCUUCUCUUGCUGUAUGACGUCACCAACAAAUCAUCCUUUGACAACAUACAGGCAUGGCUGACUGAGAUCCACGAAUACGCCCAACAAGAUGUAGUGCUCAUGCUGCUUGGAAACAAGGCUGAUGCCACUCAUGACAGGGUGGUGAAGAGAGAAGAUGGUGAGAGACUUGCUAAGGAAUUCGGAGUUCCCUUCAUGGAGACCAGCGCCAGGUCAGGCCUCAAUGUAGAGCUGGCUUUCACUGCUGUGGCCAAGGAGCUGAAGCACAGGUCCAUGAAGGAUCCCAAUGAGAAGUUUAAGCUCCAUGAGUACGUGAACAAGGAAAUGAAGGGCACUGGCUGCUGCCGGUCUUAAAAGCCUGCCCCAGUCACUCUUUGGCUCUGUGUGUGUGUGUAUGUGUGCAGACCACUUAUUUCCAUACUGUACGUGUUCAUAUCUGGUGUGAUCAGAAAGGAGGAGUCAGCUCCAGCGAGGUAUAAACCCGUUCGACCUUCUGCUCGUCCAUUUUCAGACGUCAUUGUGUCAGUACACGCAAUCUCACUCUGUUGUCCCUCACUAGUCUCGUUGCCUUCCUGCAUCAUGUGUAUGUGCGUCUUGCUUUUCCCCACCCAUCUCCUUCUGUAGCUGUAAAUGUAGCCCAAGGUUAUAAUUGGCAAAAGGCGAAGAUGGCACACCUCAGUUAUUACCCUGUUUCAACUGCAGCUACACAAUUAUCUUCACCAUUGCCUGGUGUCCUUCUUUUAUUUUGAAGGGUCUUUUUGUUUUGUUUGUUGCAGAGAUAAAAUGCAUGUUUUUAAAGCAGUUUAAUUUAUGCAUAUAAUUAAUGUGUUAGAUGUAACUGUCAUUUUCUUCAGAUGUUACGGAUGAAUGUUCAAAUAGUAAAUGUGUAGUGAAGUGUCCUCUGUACAGUUUGUGGUCAAAUCAAUGAUUCAACAGGCUCCCUGGAGCCGGGUUAGCUCACCAGCAUAAAUUUAGUGUUUCAGCUGUGGAUCUGGGGGUGGGGGGGAUUUGUAUUAUUUUAACACAAAAAUCUAGUAAAAGCAAAUGGGUGUCGCUAUUUUGGAUACAAUAAGCAUUAACAGCAUUCAGAUAUGAAUCCAUAUUAAUAUGUUCAAACAAAUUUAGACAUUUGAGUUUUGAAGAGCUGUGAUGCGACCACUGUUCCUGAUCUGUAUUUUUUGUUAAAUUAUUAAAAACAGAUAGUCAAACACACUGUAUGCAAUAUACAGGAAUAUAAAAAGGGGGCUUUUUUGGUCA